GAUUAACGUGACCUUCGACAGAAAAACAACCUUCAGCUGUUUUUGGCUUCUUGCUGAUUUUUUCUUCCAAUUUGGAUGAACUGGUCACGUUUUAUCCGUCAAACCUAACACAUGGGUUAGAGCUACACAUUAAUAAGUCAUUUUAUUGAAUUUCGGACAGAGACAUAGAAGGCGAGAGAACGGAAGGAAAGUCACAGAUCGACUGAAUAUCGAAGAGGUCGUGUAAAAAUUGACAAUCAAAAUGCCCGAACUGGUGAAGAUCCGUAAAGUAACUGGACAUAAUGAUCCGACCAAGAGAAAGGGUCGGUGGUAUUUCGGAGGACUGGCAAGUGCCGGAGCUGCCUGUUGUACACAUCCCCUCGAUCUGCUGAAAGUCCACCUGCAGACACAACAAAAAGCCGAGCUUAAGCUCACUGGGAUGGCAGUAAAAAUUGUUCGCACUCAGGGCGUCUUAGCACUAUAUAAUGGUCUCACUGCAUCAUUAUUACGUCAGUUGACCUACUCAAUGACAAGAUUUGGCAUUUAUGAGAGUGUGAAAAACAAUUUUGUCGAAGAUCCAGCUAAUAUGCCAUUCUACCAAAAGGUGGGGCUAGCAGCAGUUGCAGGAUUUUCCGGUGGUGUCGUGGGAACCCCCGCUGAUAUGGUGAAUGUUAGAAUGCAGAAUGAUAUAAAACUACCAAAAGAACAAAGAAGAAAUUACAAACACGCUAUUGAUGGCCUGUAUCGUGUUUACCUGGAGAGAGGCGUACAGGGUCUGUUCAAAGGCGUAACUAUGGCCAGUAGUAGGGCUGUCCUCAUGACUGUGGGGCAGAUCUCAUUCUACGAUCAAAUCAAAGUUUUGUUACUCACUACUAAAUACUUUGAUGACAAUGUGAUUACUCACUUCUCUGCAAGUACAAUGGCUGGAGGCAUAGCUACAGCAAUGACACAACCUUUAGAUGUGAUGAAAACAAGAGUUAUGAAUGCCAAGCCAGGGCAGUACAAGAGUUUGAUGCACUGUGCAGUUGAUGUAGCAAAGAAUGGUCCUAUGGGAUUCUUCAAGGGUUUUGUACCAGCAUUUGUACGUCUAGCACCACAGACCAUCCUUACUUUCCUCUUCUUUGAACAACUGCGACAAAGAUUUGGCACUGACCCCCCAGAGACUAAAGAUAACUAAUGCAUAGGUAGAUAAUAGGAAAGGAGCUUGUAUAACCGUUCUUUCAGUGUAUAAUAUCACCCCACCCAGUGAAUAUUGCGAUAUUGUUUUAUCAAGAGUGAAAUGAUUUUAGUAAGAAACUUCAUUUGCAGGUGUAUACUAAAUGCAUUUUAUUGAACCAAGUAUAUACUUUCAAGGUGCUUGUAGAUGGGCACUUAAAGGAUGGGAAAAUUUAAUGUGAUAAAAGAUGGGAAAAUUUUAAUCUGAACU